CUCUCGUUCGGAGUCUGCCCACGCGGAACUCUGAGAGAGUGAUCGAACGCUAUUAUCAAGGCCGGAUCAUUGUUAUUGGCUUCUGGUUGAGUAUCCUGACUUUAGUAGCUCUGAGUAGUCACUCUAUGGCGAGCUGCCGGGUCAGAUGGUGGCAUGGUCACUCUCUGCCAAGGACUGGCAUAGGAUUUGACGCUAAACUACUUCCGGCAGACACCGGCUUAUUGCUUUUUGCCCCGACUCUGGGGUCAAAUGUUGUAGGCCUUGUUCAUCAUUCAGCUGACCACCACUGCUGUUCGUUUUAUUGCGGAUACAGUAGACAGGCUUUGACUGCCCGUUCGGUAUAGAACCGGCAUAUUCACAGUGAUCAUCAAUACUAAUCCCCGUUACAUUUAUAUAUCAGUGAUCCGUCAUUUCACUUUGUACGACGGCAUCGCGGUGGCGGUCAGGCAUUGAGGAUGUCGUCCAACUCGACCGCAGUGGCCUCCCAGUCUGGGAUCCUGGGAGGUGGUAACCCGUCCGUCUAUGACUCCAAAAACCCCAUCCUAGUCUUUAUCAUUCAGGCUGGUAUAAUCAUCAUUUUCUGCUGGCUUUUGCAUUGGCCAUUGUCCAAAAUUCGCCAGCCCCGAGUAAUUGCCGAAGUGAUCGGAGGCAUUCUUCUGGGCCCGUCUGUGUUCGGUCGCAUACCUGGAUUCACGGAUGCGAUCUUCCCUACGGCAUCAAUUCCCACCUUGAAUGCUACAGCCAAUCUGGGCCUAGUCUUGUUCUUGUUUCUCGUUGGCCUUGAGACAGAUCUGCGAUUCUUGGUCAGCAAUUGGCGGAUUUCAGCAAGCGUCUCGGCUGCCGGCAUGGCAUUGCCAUUUGGGUUGGGGUGUGCGGUAUCAUACGGCUUAUACAACCAAUUUCGGAAUGAUCCCGGUGUAGUACAUGUUGACUUUGGCACGUAUCUUCUUUUUGUUGGUAUUGCAAUGGCCAUUACGGCUUUCCCUGUGCUCUGUCGCAUCUUGACUGAAUUGAAACUGCUUAGUACAAACGUCGGAGUGAUUGUAUUAUCAGCAGGUGUCGGCAACGACGUCACUGGUUGGAUUCUCCUUGCGCUUUGCGUGGCCCUCGUAAACGCAGGCAGUGGCAUAACCGCUUUAUGGGUGUUACUCGUCGCCGUGGGCUACAUAUUAUUUCUGUCGUUCGUAUUACGACCCGUCUUCAUUUGGUAUCUUCGAAAAACCGGCAGUCUCGAAAAAGGCCCAAGCCAGUCUGUAGUAACCGUAACCUUAUUACUGGCUUUGGCAUCGGCUUUCUUCACUCAAGCGAUUGGAAUUCAUGCUAUUUUUGGAGGCUUCGUUGUGGGCUUAAUUUGCCCACAUGAAGGAGGCUUUGCCAUUAAAUUGACUGAAAAGAUCGAGGAUCUUGUCGCUGCUAUUUUCCUGCCUCUGUAUUUCGCCUUGUCAGGUUUGCAGACCAAUUUAGGCUUGCUUAACUCGGGUAUUGUUUGGGGUUAUGUUAUUGCAAUCAUUGCUAUCGCUUUCUUCGCCAAGGUUGUUGGUGGAACUUUGGCGUCGAGGUUCACUGGCUUGUUAUGGCGAGAGAGUCUCACGGUUGGUGUCUUGAUGAGUUGCAAGGGUCUGGUGGAGCUUAUCGUCUUGAAUAUCGGUCUUCAGGCAAAGAUUCUCAGCCAGCGCACUUUUACUAUGUUUGUCGUAAUGGCUUUGGUCACCACUUUUAUGACAACACCGCUGACAUCGUUUCUAUAUCCGAAAUGGUACCAAGAUAAGGUCGCCAGAUGGAGGCGCGGUGAGAUCGACUGGGAUGGAAAUGUAAUCCAUUCUGACGACUCCCAAGAUGACCCCUCAAGCUUGAUUGCAAAACUCAAUGCGAAGCCUAUUGAGAAAGUCACCGUCUAUCUUCGCCUGGACAGCCUUGCCAGUGUGUGCACUUUUGUUGGUCUGCUAGGCGCCCGCAGUGUAUCAAAGGACAGUGCACCACGCAUGCAUUAUUCCAAAAGAAGCUCACCAGUUCCAACCCAAUCCUCAACAGAGAGCCAGAUUAAUGCUGUGGAUUCGGAGCCGAGCGCUCUUCUUCACGCCCAUGGUGUUCGUCUGAUAGAACUAACCGAUCGUUUAUCCAGUACAAUGCAGGUAUCGGAAAUCCAAGAAUAUUCCAUCUGGGACCCAGUCGUCAACGUCUUUCGAUCAUUUGGUCAAAUCAAUAAUAUUCCCUCUGAAGGCCGGGUGUCGGUUGUCCCGGAAAGCUCCUAUGCGGAUGCAGUCUUAGAUAUGGUACGUGAUACUGCAUCCGAAUUUCUCCUCGUUCCAUGGAGUGCUAGCGGCAACAUGAGCGAUCUCCAGAGUGUGUGGGGAGUAGAGGACUCAUCGAACAGAGUCAAUGCCUCAUACCCCUCGUUUGUUUCAGAAAUACUUCAACGCAGUUCCGUCAACAAUGUUGGCAUUCUCAUCGACAGAGCCUUGGAAAUUCCAAGCAAAGAAGGACUCGGUCUAGAGCGAUCCAGCAGCGGACGAACUGUGCCCAAUAUUCGAACCAACUUGGCAUCUCUAACUACCGGAAACCGUGAGCAACAUCUCCUUUUCAUGUAUUUCGGCGGUGCCGAUGAUCGUUUUGCGCUGCGAUUUGUUCUUCAACUGGCGCGAAAUGAACUUGUCACCGCGACUAUUAUUUAUGUGGAUGUUCCUGCCUCAACUUCCCAAACCACGGCGGAGAGUUCUUCCUCAGCCGCGACACACGAAGAGUCUGAUGCAAUCUUUUUCGCGUCUAUUCGCGACUCUCUACCUGCUGAGCUAUCUUCGCGGGUUGUCUUCCGCAAGGAAUCUUUGACUAACACUGCAACAACGGCUGCUAGCCUUGCCGUUGGCAUCGCUCAGGAUGAAGCCACUCGAGCGCGAGAUGAGACGAAUCAAAUGGUCAUUGUUGGGCGUCGCACUGUUCAGGAGGAGUCUUCACCCGUGGAGUCUGGUGGCGAAGCCGAUACUCAACGAGCAUUAGGAGUGGUAGGGAAUGCACUAGUUCGGAGGGGCGUCAAGGCGAGUGUUUUGGUGUUGCAGGGUGUUGCAUGAUGUUCACUUCUUGUUCAUAUUUUGCGAUCUAUGAAUGCUACAUUGUGCCUUUGGUUCCCUGGGUAAAUAAGUUGCUCUAGCUACAAUAAAGAGCAUCACCAAUUUUAGGGAAUAGAAUGCUACAUUAUACGGACGACCUGAAUAAAAGUAGAGUAAAU